AUGUGGUGUCUGCAGCAGCUCUUAAGGAACCGAGAUGGAUUUCUCCCGGGUCGAGCCCGCCGCUCCAAAGCACGUUCAUCCCCUGAGUGCGUGAACGUGCUCACUCCUGACCGCAUCCCAGAGUUCUGCAUCCCACCGAAGCUGGAGCCUAGCACCACUUGGGCUGCACUGCGCGAUGCCUGGGCUGCCGACGCGGAGAAUGACGACCACACGGGUCGCACAGACUGGGACCCGCGCUCACAGGCCGCGCUCUCCCUGCGGCAUCUGCCCCGCGCGCGCACCGCCUACGGCUUCUGCGCGCUGCUCCAGAGCCCGCACACUCGCCGGAAGGAGUCGCUCUUCCUCGGUCACCCAGGUGCCAGGGUCCUCGUGCCCGGGCUUCACCACCGCUCAUACACCUACGGAAGUCAGCACCGAGUCCCGGACUCCUCGCGCUCCUUGCCGCGCAACCCAAAUGCCGCCGCGGUCCCGCAACCUACUCCUGUGCCCCGCAGACGCCGCUUCCUGCGCGCCCCUGAUGGGCUGCUGAGCCGCGCGCUGAGGAUCCCUCGAGGUCGGGCCCGCGCGUGCUCCUGGUCCUCCCGCGACAAGCACGAGCGCGCCGCCUCCUGCGCGUCGCCAGCCCCUGCGAGUCCUCGUCCCGAGCUCCUGCAAGCCGAGGCCAGCGUGGCUCUGAGUCGCGGGGACUGCACGCUGCGCCUGGCCGCCGAGUACUGUCCGCGCAGCGCCUGUCUGCGACUCCGCCUGCUUCGUGCAGAGGGCCCGGCCGCUGCGCUCGAACCCCGCGCCCUGGGCUGUCGCCUAAGUCUGGUGUUGUGGCACUCAGGCCAGCAGCGCAGCAGCGUUCUUCGCCGCAGCCGCAAAGCCGCCUUGGACCAGGACUGCUGCUUCGACGGACUGUCGGAGGAGCAGCUGCGCCGCCUGUCCGUGCGCAUCAAGGCGGAGAGCAAGGGCCGUGGGCUGGUGCGUGGAAGGCCGCUGGGCCAGGGCGAGCUGCUGCUGGGCUCGCUGCUGCUCCUCUGAGCCUGGAUUCCGUGAGAUCAUGGACACUGAAGGUCUCUUGGCCUUGAG